ACAAAUAAAAAGCCUUGUCCUCUUUUUGAUUUAUUGAUACUACUACUAUAUUUCAAACAAUUUUGAAAAUAUUAAUAUCCCUUUUUUGUUUCUCUGAAAAAAAGAAAAGACCGUUCCUCGUUAGCUGUGCCUUCAAUUUCUCUCCCCACUCUUUUACACCAUUCUAUUUUCUUCCUCUAAUUCCCUUUAUCAACAUAAGACAACGACGUCGUUUUUAGUUAUACCUUCUUCACUCUCACACCCACACCACCCCACCCCACACCACCCCACCCCAAUCCGAAACACAACCAACUGUUUUUAACUCUUCUCUUUUCCACCACCACCAUCCAUGGUUGCCGGUAAGGUUAAGGUAGCAAUGGGAUUCCAGAAAUCUCCGUCACCGGCGCAUGUACACAGCACUCCUCCGCCGCAGAAGAAGAAACAACCACCUCCUCCUUCUCCCUCCACCACGACCUCCUCCGCCAAAUCUUCGUCUCAUAAAUCCUCAUUCUCUCGCAUAGGUUUUCAUUUCCCUCGCUCCUCCGCUCAAGUACAGCCUCGUCCACCGGACGGGACAGAGCUUCUCCGUAUCGUGGAGGAGCUCCGGGAGAGUGAGUCUCGCUUGAAGACAGAGCUUCUCGAGCAUAAACUACUGAAGGAGUCUAUAGCCAUUGUACCGGUUUUAGAAAACGAGUUAACAGCUAGAGAAACUGAGAUUCAAAGGAACAGAAUGAGAGCGGAAGAAGCGGAAACAGAGAACGAGAGGCUAAAGAAGGAGUUGCAGGAAAUGAAGUUUCAAAUGGAAGAAGAGAGAAGAGAGAAUGAAAAGAAAAUGAAAGCGUUGGAAGAUGAAAUUAGUGAACUGAAGAAAACGACGUCGUUACAGAGUGAGGAGCACGAGCACGAGCAAUUUUCCACUUCGCAUAGGUUUCAGGGGAUCGGAGAGGUUUCGGUGAGGUCCAAUCUCAUGAAAACGUUGAAGAAAACGAUGUCGGAUCAUGCAAUCGUGAUCCAUAAGCAGAAUGAAACUGUGGAUUUGAAAAGAGAGUUUGUUGAAACUGAAAGGCAACGUCACUCUCGGUGUAACUCCGAGGAACUCGCCGAAUGUAACGACUCAGUUCUAAACGUUAACGUUAGAUCCCGCGUUCCUCGAGUUCCUAAUCCACCGCCGAAGCCGUUGUCCUCUUCCCCGUCGUCACCGACCGUUUCGCUCGCGGAACAAAACAAUGGCGAAACAGAACAAGCGAUUUCGCAACCGCUUCAACCAGCGAAGACAGCACCGCCUCCACCUCCUCCUCCUCCAAGGAAACCUGCAUCAAAAGCAGCUCCUCCGCCUCCUCCACCACCGCCGAAGGGAGGAAGAGUGGCUUCAGCGAAGGUAAGAAGAGUGCCGGAGGUCGUAGAGUUUUAUCAUUCCUUGAUGCGGAGGGACUCUCAAUCACGACGGGAAUCAAACUCCGGUACUUCAACAGAAGUUCCGGCGACGGCAAACGCCCGUGACAUGAUCGGCGAGAUCGAGAACCGUUCAACUCAUUUACUAGCGAUAAAAACUGAUGUAGAAACACAAGGAGAUUUUAUUAGAUACUUGAUUAAAGAAGUGGAAGGUGCAGCAUUUAUGGACAUUGAAGAUGUAGUUCCUUUUGUUAAAUGGCUUGAUGAUGAACUCUCUUAUUUGGUGGAUGAAAGGGCUGUGCUCAAACACUUCAAUUGGCCAGAGCAGAAAGCUGAUGCUCUGCGUGAAGCUGCAUUUGGAUAUUGUGAUCUGAAGAAGCUUGAAUCCGAGGCUUCGUCUUUCCGCGACGAUCCUCGACAACUAUGUGGUCCAGCUCUUAAGAAGAUGCAGACUCUAUUUGAGAAAUUAGAACACGGGGUUUACAAUAUCUCUAGAAUGAGGGAGUCAGCAACGAAGAGAUUCAAAGUCUUCCAAAUUCCUAUAGAUUGGUUGCUCGAUAGCGGUUAUGCCACCAAGAUCAAGCUGGCAUCUGUAAAAUUGGCUAUGAAGUAUAUGAAAAGAGUCUCUGCUGAGCUUGAGACAGUUGGUGGUGGUCCUGAAGAAGAAGAACUGAUUGUUCAAGGAGUAAGAUUUGCUUUCCGGGUACAUCAGUUUGCUAGCGGGUUCGAUGCUGAUACAAUGAGAGCAUUCCAAGAAUUGAGAGAUAAAGCGAGGUCGUGUCAUGUUCAAUGCCAUGGGCAACAACAGAAAUUCUUGUGCAGGCCUGCAGCAUGUUAAUGCAGGAGCAAACUUUACUCCUGAGAGAAUUAGUAUAGUAGCCCCUUUUCACUAGUUUGUGAAUAUAAUGGCAAUAUUAUUAUUAUUAGCCAUCGUUAAAGUGGAACACAUUUUAAUUCAUGAUUUAUCCAUUAUUUAGUCACUGAGAAACAAAUUAAUUUGCUUCCA